GACGUCGUUCCUUGUACCAUGUGGAGGAUCAGGGGCUGUCAACAGAUAUUUACCCCAGGAAGCGGAGCUCUCUAGCCCGGUACACGGAGCCGUUCUUCCGGUAAACAUGAGUCUGCUGCCUCGCAGCGCAGAGGAGUUCAGCUCGGCGGACUUCUGGGAGAAGUUCUUUAAGAACCGAGGAGAGAGGUCGUUUGAGUGGUACGGAGACUACAACAGUCUGUGUGGAGUCCUGCACAGGUACAUCAAAGUCCCGGACCAGGUUUUGGUGGUGGGUUGUGGAAACUCUGAGCUGAGUGAACAGCUGUACGAUGUCGGCUACAAACACCUGACUAACAUCGACAUCAGCGAGACGGUGGUAGCGCACAUGAACCAGCGGAAUGCUGAACGCCGGCCUGACCUCACCUUCCAGCAGGUAGAUGCUACACAGACACCGUAUGAGGAUGGCAGCUUCCAGGCGGCUCUGGAUAAGGGCACGCUGGACGCCAUGGCAUCAGAAGAGGAGGGGGCGCUCGCGAGGAACAUGCUCUCUGAGGUCUGCCGUGUGCUGUCUGUGGGUGGGCGCUACGUUUGCGUGACCCUGGCUCAGCAAAGCGUGAUCCGGCUGGCGAUCGAGCACUUCGUCCAGCUAGGCUGGGCCGUGAGGCUGCACUGUCUGCAGGAGGAGCGAGGGAAAGAGGAGGACUCCUUUGCUCUGCCCGUCUUUGUCUUGGUUUGCACCAAGUUCAGACAGCCGCUGCCCCGCCCCCUCUUAGAGAUGUGCGUGGGGGAGGACGGAGCGCCGACUCGUUUCUCUGAGGUCACUGAGCUGUUGUCAGCAGUCAGGGAACAUCAGGCAUACUCUGUCUUGAGAAAGAGGCUCAGAACAGGCACAGACGCCAACUCCAACCUUUCCCUCAUGCUCUGUGAUGCCAAAAACGGCCUUCCCCGGUACACGCUCACGGUACAGGACUGCCCCCACAACACCAAGGUGCCCAGAUCCAACCAGUUUGCUAUUUUUAUUGUGCCUCAGGGCAGCGAGACGGCGUGGCUCUACAGCUCCACGGAGGGCAGGAAGCAGUUAGCAGCUAGCGCUAACUUCAAACGCCUGGUUAUUGUGGCGAUGCACAGGAAUCAGGAAUACACGGACAUGCAGGCCGUCCAAACAGAGCUGUCCCCCAUGGUGAUGGACCUCUCCCCCCCUGGUAUGCCCACCAACCAGCAGGUGCCAUUCCUGUCGGUAGGAGGAGACCUAGGCUGGAGGGAGGAGGUCAGCAGGGGGAAAAGUGAGCUGAGCGGCGAGUACUGUGUGGAAAACGUCAGAGGAGAAGACGGGGAGCUGUACCGGCGACUCGUUUUCCUCACCAACACCGCCCUGGUCCAAUCAGAGAGCCGUCUGGUCUCUUCAAAGAAAGAAUCAAGCAACAAAAAGAAAAACAAGAAGAAGACGAAGCAGGCAGCAGCGCUGUCCUCCUCCCCUCUGUCCGUGGACGGCGGCUUCCUCUGCUGCGCUCAUCAUGAGGUCAUGGUGGCCGGCCUCGCUAUGCUGGGGGUGGGAGUGCCACAGAACAAAGACAGCCCGCUGUCGGUGCUGCUCAUUGGCCUCGGUGGAGGAGGGCUGCCGCAGUUCCUGCGGGACUUUGUGCCAGACGUUUCCGUGGAAGUGGUGGAGCUAGACCCAGUCGUGUUGGAGGUGGCAAAGGAAUGGUUCGGGUUCAGGCCAGACGAUCGGUUGACGGUCACUCUGGGGGAUGGCCUUGAACGCAUCGCUGCCCUGCAGGAAGAAGGCUCUCGCAUGUUUGAUGUCAUCAUGUUUGAUGUGGACAAUAAAGACAGCUCUGUGGGGAUGAGCUGUCCCCCUGCUGCCUUUGUAGAAUCCUCCGUCCUACAGAAAGUCCGCUCAUUGCUCACACCCAGAGGUGUGUUCACUUUGAACCUGGUGUGUCGAGACUCAGUGUUGAGGAAAACCGUGUUGGAGCGAGUGAGCGCCGUGUUUCCCACCAUCCUCUCCAGGAGUAUCGAGGGGGAGGUCAAUGAAGUCCUCCUGUGUUCUCCUGAAGAAAAGGAGACGUCAGACACCGCUGACAUCCUUCCCUCACUGAAGCUGGCGGGUCAGAGUCUGCAGGCCGCCCUGAGCUCAGGGAGCAGCAGGAAGCCUCACAUAGACAUUUCAGAGCUCUUAAAGGACCUGACAAUAGAGUGACCUUCAACCCCAGAACACGUGCAUCAUGGUGUCCCAGGACAACCCGUACAUGACCAGGACAGCACUGAUCCUCCUCCACUAGAGCUCUCAGGCAGGGGACUUCAGCCUCUGCACAGUACCGUGGACGCUAUCGCCUUUAUAACCUCAAAAGUUUUGGUUAUUAUAAAUUCACCGCUGUUUCCACUCAAAAAUGAACAGAUCCUCUUUGAUGUUUUUUUCUCAGUGGCCCUAAAACAUCAUCUCACAUCCGUGCAGCUUAGACUGUUUGCUUCAGUAUUUGAUCAUUAAAGGAAGGAUAUUUACCAA